AAGUCGCUCGGGCUCAACCCAUUCGCGCGAGUAUAGUCACUCACCUGGUUUCUGCCAUUUCCUCAUCCGUUAAACUGACCUUCUCAAGGAGCAGUAAUAGCUGUACCAAAGAUGCCGCAGCUGGCUUCUUGGAUGCCCUCUACGCGCAACGCGAACCUAGCCAAUUACGUGUACACCGCUGCGGUCUUUGCCGCCGUGUGUGUCGGGGCGGACUUGCUGAUCUCCUGCCUGAGCCAGCUCUCCGACGCGCAGGUGCAGAACACUCUGUUUGCCGUAGUUCUGUCGGUCGGUGCUUUCGUGGCUGGCUCUGUGAACGCGGGGCACAAGAAGGCACACGCCAAAGCGGCUCCAGCGAAGAAGCUUGCGGCUCCAGCGAAGAAGCCGGUCCAGGCCAAGGGUAUUACCCGUGAGGGCGAGCACAAGGCCAGGCAGGCCGCCAAGAGGUUGGCCGAGGCCAGGGGCGCAGGCCCCGUGGCCGCGCCUUCGCAAUCGAAUCCGGCCGCAGAGCCCAAGCCUGCACAGCCACCGCCCGCGGAGCCACAGCCCGCAGCGCCACCGCCCGCAGCGCCACAGCCCGCAGCGCCACAGCCCGCAGCGCCACAGCCCGCAGAGACGCAGCCCGCAGGGCCACAGGCCGCAGAGCCACAGCCCGCAGCGCCGCAGCCCGCAGAGCCACAGCCUGCAGGGCAACAGGCCGCAGAGCCACAUGCUGCAGCGCCGUCGCCCGCAGAGCCUGCUGCCGAGCGUGGGGCCAGCUACGCGGCCCAGGCUGCAGAGUCCCAGCCCGAGCUGCCGCAGAUGCCACUGAAGAAGGCUCCGAGGUAUGCUGGGCGGAGUUCCACAGACCCACAGGUCCCCACAAAGAGCGAGGAUACCACGAGCAAGGCGGCCAGAGAUGAUAGGACUCGGCAGUCGGGGGUGGACACGUGCGUCGUCGAGCAGCCACGGCAGCAGGGCGUGGCCUCCAUGGUACUUGACAUGCCCGAGUGCGUCAGGAGCAACGAUGCGGUCAUGGCGCUCAAGCUUUUCGACCAUCUUUUGCAGGCGGACUUGGACUACGACUGCAUGGCGACGGCGAUACCAGAGGCCACGCGGAUCAGCUUCUUCACGCUGGUUGCAGAGCAGUUCGGCGAUGAGCGUCUGAGGAGGGACGGACUGCACAUCCUCGCGGCGGUCCAGGCCCACGGGGUCCAGCCGCCGCACAUCCUCCAGAACCGCCUGAUCUGCGCGUGGGGAGGCACUCUCCCCCAGCAGGUCCUGGACUACUUCGUGAAAAUGCGGGAGGACGGCAUCGCGCUGAGCUCGGCCGCAUGCCGUUGCAUCAUGGCCGACGUGGUAGGCUCCACAGGUGGGAAGGCGUGUUCCCCUCCAGUGGACGCUGCGACCAGCCAGGACGACUCAGUCCGCGACGGCGCCGAAGAGGACGACCCAGACGUCGCCCGCCACGCUGCCACCGAGCGCACGAGCCUGCGCAGGGAGGCGUCCACGUUCGUCCCGAAGUGCUUGGAGGGCCCGUGGCAAGUGCAGCCCGAGGAGUCGACGGUGUGCAGUUGGGUCCCUCGCCCUCCUCCUGGCCUGUGCGAUGAGUUCCCGCAGGUGGACACGCAGCAGAUGGGAUACCAGUACGACGAUGGCACCACGAUCAUUCUGCGCAAUCUGCCAUGUCCCUUUCUGCGCGACAACCUGAUCGCGCUGAUGGACGCGAAAGGGUUUGCAGGGUUCUAUGAUUUCGUGUACUUGCCAGUCGACUUCAAGACCGGAAUGGGCUUGGGAUAUGCCUUCGUGAAUAUUCUCACCGAGGAGGUGCGGCGCUUCGCUCUUGCCUUCGAUGGCUUCAAGGAUUGGCCUCGAUAUGCCUCGGGCGCUGAUCUGUCCCGUCCGCGUGUGUCUGCGAAGAUCUGCGCCGUCGAUAUGUCUCGGACGCAGGGUUUGUUCGCAAAUGUCGAGCGAUAUCGGAACAGCCCUCUCAUGAGCGACGAGGUACCCGAUAGGUUCAGGCCCGUGCUCUUCAACGGGACAGAGCGGGUCCCCUUCCCGGAGCCCACGCGGGAGCUGCCCAGAGUCUUGCACAAGUCGAUCGAGUGGUAGAGGCGAAAGCGCCACAAGCUUCCAUAGCCACCGCAUCUUUUCGCCCCCCACCAUCCAGGCAAACAGGGUGGGUAGCAGAUGAGGUAAGAGCGGGG